AUGGGAAAAUACAACAAAAUGGAAAAGUACAACACACUUGAGACGCAGACCAAACUGGAGCAUGCCCGCAUUAAGGAGCUUGAACAAAGCCUGCUCUUUGAAAAGACCAAAGCUGAAAAACUCCAGAGGGAGUUAGAAGACACUAGGGUGGCCACAGUAUCUGAGAAGUCAAGGAUUAUGGAGUUGGAAAGGGAUCUUCUGUCACGCACAAAAGAAGUUUCAGAACUUCAACGUAGACUAAUGAGCACUGGAGGCUCAGGUAGUGUGGACGGUACCUCUCCUCUCUUGGAAGAACUCAACUGUAUGCGAGAUAAGCUAACAACGAUGAGCACAGAGCAUCAAAAUGAACUUGAUGCGUUCAAAGAAAAAUUUGAAGCAUCAGAAGCAGCCCACCAAAAGAUUGUUAAACAACUGCAAGCUGACAGUGGAAAAAUAUCCAAGGAGAAUGAAAUUCUUAAAUCCAAAUUGGAUCAAGCCAAUAUUGAAAAUUCAGAGGUUAUUAAUCUGUGGAAAUGUAAGCUCGAGUCUGCAAUUGAAUCUCAUCAGCAAGCUAUGGAAGAACUCAACUUGUCUUUCAGUAAAGGAGCAGGUGCCCAAACUACAGAGCUCCUAGAGUUGAGAAGUACCUUAGAAAAGCUUAAAACUGAGCAUCAAAUGGAACUUGAGAAUAUUAAAAUUAAACAAGAUUUUGAAAAGUCUAAUUACCUAAAAAAGAUAGAAGAACUAAAAUCGCAACUAUUAGCAGUUACUACAGAGAACGAGAAAGAUACAGAAAUUCUGAAGUCGCAGUUGGAAUCUGCAACAAAUCAACACCUGGAAGAGAUGGAAGAGACCUUGGCAAAGUUACAAGACACUCAACUGAAGGUAAAGGAGCUGCAAGUGUUGCAGGAUAGGUGUAAUGAACAGGCCCAAAUCAUUGAAGCCCUAAUAGCUAAAGUGACAAUGGCUGAAGAAAAAGUGUUAGGAUAUGAAUUGCUGCAAGAAGCUGCAUCUCAAGGUAAAGAGGAAAUCAGAAGGCUUGAAGAGAAGCUUAUGGUCAUUGAGUCACAAAGGAAAAGCAGUGAAGCUUUAAAACUUUCUGAAGGUAGCAAGGUUACUGACUUGACCAAACAGCUUGAGGAACAAGCUCAGGCAGUUAUUGAUUUGGAGAAAAAUCUGGCUGUAGUGAGUCAGGAUAAACAAAUUUUGGAACAGCAACUGCAAUCCGUGAACGAAAAGCUUGACAGCACAUCGGAGACACAGCAAAAACUACAGCAGACUAUGCAAGAAACACUUGCAGAAUUGAAUGUGAAAGAAGAACAGAACACGUCACUUUCUGCUGAAUUAUUAGAGCUAAAAUCUCAGCUCUCUGCUCUGGAGAGAAAAAUGAAAGUUGAAGAGGAAAAGGCAGAGCAGUUGACUCGAGAUAAAUCCAAACUUGAAAAUACCAUCUCUGAAAUGAUGAAAUCUUCAGGGGAUAACUCUGCACAGCUCACAAAGAUGAAUGAAGAGUUGAAAGAGAAAGAAAGGAAACGAGAGGAAUUACAAGCUCUGUAUCAUCAAUCCAAUGAAAAGAUUGCUAGUUUACAGGAAAAUUUGGAGCAACUUGCAUGUAAAUCAGAACAGACUCAGCAGGAGGAGCAGCAGAAACAUCAGCUUGAACUUAAAGCAAUGUUGGAAAAAAUAACAGACCUGCAAACGCAGGUGGAGACUCACAGUGCACACAACAAGGAGCUGCAAAUUACUCAUGAGACAGUCCUUUCAGAAAUAAAUGCAAAAAAUGAUACUCUAGUGAAAGAGCUUACUCAAGACCUAGAGAAAACCAAACAAGCACUGAAUAACUCCCAAGAGAAGAAUAUCGAAAGGGAAAAACUGGUGGAAGAGUUGAAGCAGCAGGUGGAAGAGAUCCAGCAAAGCAAUGCUAGUUCAUACUAG